AAUGAGUGGAGAGUGGACAUGAACUGAAAGACUAAUAUUUACAGCUACCACAUUCGGCGUGAAAAGCCUUUUAUUUAAACAUAUACAUAUAUUUUCUGCUGGACUCCUACCGAAGAUGCAGCAAUGACUCAACCACAACUAAAUGAGUUCAUUCCUCCCCAGGAGUGCCCUGUUUUUGAGCCCAGCUGGGAGGAAUUCGCCGACCCUUUUGCGUACAUCAACAAAAUACGACCCAUUGCUGAGAAAACUGGUAUCUGCAAGAUCCGACCUCCGCCGGAAUGGCAGCCACCUUUUGCAUGUGAUGUUGACAGACUGAAGUUCACACCACGAAUACAACGGCUUAAUGAGUUGGAGGCUCAAACUAGAGUUAAACUCAACUUCCUGGAUCAAAUUGCUAAAUUUUGGGAGCUUCAAGGAUCCACCCUGAAAAUUCCUCAUGUUGAAAGAAAGAUUUUAGAUCUGUACCAACUGAAUAAGUUGGUGAAUGAAGAGGGAGGCUUUGAUGCCGUCUGCAGAGAGCGGCGCUGGACUAAGAUAUCAGUCAAGAUGGGGUUUGCUCCUGGAAAAGCCAUCGGGUCUCAUCUGCGUGCACACUAUGAGCGGAUCCUCUACCCAUAUAACCUCUUCCAAGUUGGAGCCAAUCUCCCCAAAGCCACUUUGACCCAUGACACUAAAGACAAAGAGUACACUCCUCAUGACCUGCCACAGCGCCAGUCUGUCCAGCCUCAGGAGACCUGCAGCAUCGCUCGCCGUGCUAAACGGAUGAGAUCUGAAAGAAGCUGUUUCAAAAUUGGACCUGGAGGAAUUCGUGAGAAUCGUCCCAAUCUGAGGAGGAGAAUGGGAACCUACAUGGCCAAACAAGAACCUGUGAAAAUGGAAAUCACUGAGGUGAAACAGGAGCCAAUUGAACACAUGGAUCCAACAGAAUAUGAAGAAAAUCUAUUAACAAUAAUAGACAAACCUCCAGUGAAUAAAGUGGAAACAUACAUGUGCCUGGUAUGUGGUAGUGGAAGCGCAGAAGACCGCCUGCUGUUGUGUGACGGCUGUGACGACAGCUAUCACAUCUUCUGUCUGAUCCCACCCCUUCAUGAGGUCCCUAAAGGUGACUGGAGAUGUCCCAAGUGCCUGGCUCAGGAAUGUGGCAAACCUCCUGUUGCAUUUGGCUUUGAGCAAGCCAGCAGGAGCUACACCCUCCAAGCUUUUGGAGACAUGGCUGACUCCUUUAAGUCUGACUACUUCAACAUGCCAGUUCAUAUGGUUCCCACUGAGCUGGUGGAGAAGGAGUUCUGGCGUCUUGUCAGUACCAUCGAGGAGGAUGUCACUGUGGAGUACGGCGCAGACAUUGCCUCCAAGGAGUUUGGGAGUGGUUUUCCUGUGAGAAACAGCCAUUUUGAAGUCUCUUCUGAGGAUGAGCAUUACCUGACCAGUGGCUGGAACUUGAACAACAUGCCGGUCCUCGACGCCUCAGUCCUGACUCACAUUACAGCCGACAUCUGUGGGAUGAAGGUUCCCUGGCUGUAUGUGGGGAUGUGCUUCUCCUCUUUCUGCUGGCAUAUCGAGGACCACUGGAGCUACUCCAUAAACUAUCUUCACUGGGGUGAGCCAAAGACGUGGUACGGGGCUCCUGGUUAUGCUGCAGAGCACCUGGAGUCAGUCAUGAAGAAAUUGGCUCCUGAGCUGUUUGAGUCACAGCCAGACCUCCUUCACCAGCUGGUGACCAUCAUGAAUCCCAACACGCUGAUGAACAACGGGGUUCCGAUCUUUCGCACCAACCAGUGUGCAGGUGAGUUUGUCAUCACCUUCCCCAGAGCGUACCACAGUGGAUUCAACCAGGGUUUCAACUUUGCUGAAGCGGUCAACUUCUGCACCAUGGACUGGAUGCCCAUCGGUCGUAGUUGUGUGGAUCACUACCGGCAGCUGAGCAGAUACUGCGUCUUCUCCCAUGACGAGAUGGUUUGUAACAUGGCCUUUAAAGCGGACACGAUGGAUGUUGACCUGGCAUCAGCAUUGCUGGGGGACAUGACCACCAUGAUUAAAGAGGAAGAAGAACUAAGAGUUAAAAUAAAGAAAAUAGGUGUGGUACAGUCUCGACAAGUUGAUUAUGAGGUUCUCCCAGAUGAGGCGCGUCAGUGCUGCAAGUGUCGGACCACCUGCUACCUGUCUGGCAUCUCUUGUGCAUGCAGUCCCAACAAAAUAGCUUGUUUGUACCACGCCCAGGACCUCUGCUCUUGUUUUCUUAGCAACCUCACACUCCAUUACAAGUUCACUCUGGAUGAGUUGUAUCCUCUGUUGGAAUCAGUGAAGCUGCGUGCAGAAUCUUAUAAAAACUGGCUUUGUGCUGUUCAGGACAUCGUGGAGAACAAUGCGACCAAGAAAAGAGGUCUGGACGAGCUUCAUGGCUUGGUAGAACAAGCAGAAACAAAGAUGUUCCCUCAAACAAGCCUCGUGGAUCAGCUGCGUGCUCUCAUCUCUGAGGCUGAUAAAGUUGCUGUGACGGCGCAGCAGCUUCUAAAUGGGAAGAGACAGACGAGGUACCGCUCUGGAGGAGGAAAGUCCCAAAACCAGAAUGAGUUGACUGUGGAGGAGCUGAGGUCUUUUGUCCAGCAGCUGGACACUUUGCCGUGUAACAUCCGGCAGGCUCCUUUACUGAAAGACUUGCUGACCCGGGUGGAUGACUUCCAGCAGCACAGCGACCGUCUCCUUUCCGAUGAGUCGCCCAGCCCGCAGGAGCUGCAGGACUUGCUGGAUGUGAGUCUGGGCCUGGACGUGGAGCUGCCCCAGCUGCCUCUGCUGAGGGAGAGACUGGAGCAGGCUCGAUGGCUGGAGGCCGUUGAGCAGGCCAGCAGCAGGCCUGACAGUCUUUGUCUGGACACCAUGAGGAGGCUGAUAGACCAGGGUGUGGGACUGGCUCCCCACAGUUCUGUAGAGAGGGCCAUGGCUCGUCUGCAGGAGCUGCUGACGGUGUCGGAGCAGUGGGAGGAACGGGUGCUCAGUCUCAUGGAUGCCAGACCUUAUCACAGCAUCGAUACGUUUGAUGCUGCUCUACAAGAAGUAGAAAACAUCCCUGCUUAUCUGCCCAACUGUCUGCAGCUCAAGGAUGUUGUCACUAAGGCCAAGAAAUGGCUUCAUGAAGCAGAAAUGCUUCAGUUGGGAGGGCGUAUUCCUGUACUCGACGGUCUCUCUGAGCUGGUUCUCAGAGCAGAGAGUAUCCCUGUGAGACUCGAGCCUCUGAGCCGACUAGAAGCCCUCGUCAGUGACGUUCAGAGCUGGAAGGAGAGCGCAGCUAAAACAUUCCUACUGAAAAGUUUCCCCCUUUCUCUCCUGGAGGUCCUCUGCCCAAGAUGUGAAGCAGGAUCUGCGCAUCAGAAGUGCCGGUCUAAGAAAGUGAAAGAAGCUCCACAGCUCGGUAAAAAAGCUUCCACAAAACUGGAGUCUGUGUGUGAUGUGGAGAGAGCGCUCUCUGAGAGCAAGGACUCUGCCUCGGCUAUGACCGCUCUUUCUGAGGUUCGGCAGCGGGAGAUGGAGAUCUUGUUGUCUCUCAGGGCUUCUAACGAGUCCAAACUUUUACCUGCUGAAAACUCUUGUGCACUUAGUGUCUGUGUUUGCCAGAAGGCCCCUUCAGGUGCCAUGGUUCAGUGCGAGCUCUGUCGAGACAUUUUUCACCGCGACUGCGUCACAACAACUGCAGAACUCGAGCACGGUCAAGCUUGGCUUUGCCCGCUUUGCCAGCGUUCACGGAAACCUCCUCUGGAUAAAGUCCUGCCAUUGCUGGCCUCGCUGCAGAGAAUUCGAGUUCGCCUGCCAGAAGGGGACGCCCUGCGUUUCCUCAUUGAGAGGACGGUGCGAUGGCAGCACAGGGUUCAACAGGCCUGCACAGAUGGAGUUCUAGAGAGGGUGUCAGCAGUCGGGAGAGUUGGGCUCAAAAUGUCUCCAUAUCAGACUCAGGAAAUAAACGGUUCAUUAUUUUACACGGAGCGCCAGUCGAUUCCACUCCAAGGACUCGGUCCUGAGCUGGAGGAGCUCAUGGUGGAGGGAUUCCUGCUGCAGGUCACACUGCCCGAGACAGAGAAGCUGUACAGAUACCUGCUAGACGAACUAGUCGCGCUGCCAUCGCACAGCCCCUCAUAUGAAAACGACACAGAACCAUCUCCGAGAGGGAGUCCCCACCACAAGAAUGGAGAUUCCGGUCUGAAGAAGCAGGCAUUGAAUGGACAAAACAAAAGAACUAAACGGCGUAAGGACAGCUCUGAUUCUCAGCAUGGCGAGAAAGCCAAGAAGUCUCGCAAGAAGAAGCUCAAGAAAAACAAGGAAAGAAGCGAAGAGUCCAAGAGGACAUGUUCUCCCUCACACACAGUAUCUGACCCAGCUCUGUCAGAUUCAGAGGAGGACUACUCAUUGUGUGCUGCACCGUGGUGCAGAGAGCCUGAGGGCGACGAGGUGAACUGGGUCCAGUGUGAUGGCAGCUGUAAUCAGUGGUUCCACCAGGUUUGUGUUGGACUGUCAGCAGAGCGAGCAGAGAAAGAGGACUAUGUUUGCAUAAGCUGCACACAGCCAGACUACGACAGAGGAGAAUGAAGACCAAAAAGAGAGAUGGAAGGAUGAGCAGUCUGUUUUUUUUUUUUUGUUUUUGUUUUUUUUUAAACAAGCUGCAGCACUUCAACGCACACCUGAACUCUUGUGUGUGCUGUGGCUCCUUUUUUACCCUCUGGCUUGCCCUCAGUGAACAUGGUGCUAUUUCCUUGUUUCCCUUAGCGUUACUAAAGACUUCUGUUACUGUUUUUGUCACUCAAUGUUUUGUUUUUUUUCAGCUAAACAACUAAUCCUUUAUGAAACUUUCCAAGACUGGAUGUGGAUGUGGUUCAAGAAAAACCCAACGGCGCAGGGAUUUUUUAACCAAAAAAUGUCAGUUUGACAUUUCUUAGCUGGUUUUCUUCGACAUGCAUCUGAACAAUGUGAAACUUACCUUUCCUUUUCUCUUGUAGAGUAAAUAUUAUUUAUCUGAGCAAUAGCUAAACGGAUUAAUUCAGGUUAUGUUCUCACCUGAGCUGUAUUUGUGUGUAGAAAUACUUUGAUAAGAUGCCUUCCUGAAGCAAAAUCCCUGAAGAACUCACCUCUUGAAU